CAUUUACAUUGAGACAUACAAUGAAAUGCAUCGUUUGCAUUAAAAACCAACACAGACCAAGGAUUUGCUGAGGGACGUCCACAAGUGUUACCAUGCUUCUGGCACCAACAUAGCAUGCCCACAACUAACCAACCCUCACCUUUAUGCUUUUGGAAUGUGGGGGGAGAGAUCAGAGCACCCAGAAGAAUGGUCACAGGAAAAACAUACGAGCUCCCUACAGACAAUGGUGGGAACUGAACCCAGGUCACCUGCAUUGAAAUGCAUUAUGCUAAUUCACUAGGCAAUGGUACUGGCUCACUGAGAAACAGAUCUGUGCAGGUAUUCCAAAGGAGUACAAUUUCACACGCAGCAACUCUCACUGAAGAAUGACGUCAGGCACUAGUGUUACAGGGGAGAGCAGGUCUGCUACAAAAAGCUAAUUUUCCAUGGCAUUUAUACCCAGGGUAUGUAUAUCCUUGACAACAAACUUGAAUAACAAGGAUGGUGUUUCGCAGUCCUUAGCUUCAAUCCCAUGGGUCUCAGCAUUCAACAGAUCAUUCUUUGCAACUUCUACCACAUUAAAGCAGGUUGAGAUACCAGACACAUCUUCCCCUUUCAGCAUGUUCUUCCCUCUGGGACUCCCUGGUCCAUAGAUAAAGGUUAUUUUGCUUUCUACAUAUGGAAAUAUCGCUGGGUAUUUCUACCCUUUUCUAUUUUUUUAAAGCAUGGAUGAUGUUGAAGAACUCUGUGUUUACCUUGCCUCCUCAGAAGCCAAAUCACCCUUUUUGAUCAUACCAUUUGAGCCAACUGAGCUGGAGCAGGUAAGUCUGAGACCUUCCCAAGAUGGUAUCGUGCAGGUGCCUUUGGCCUGUCGUCAUGUCCGGUUCGCCGCGGCAGUUUCCGGGUGCAACCCAGCAGGCGGCGAGUCUUCGGUCGGAGCGACUGGGAGACGCGGCGGCGAGCCGAGAUGACGGACCGCGCCCCUCUCCUAGAAUUCGAGGAAAGUCCUGCCGUCGCUUUCCCUGCCGGCCCGGGUCUGGGCAGCGGAUCAGAAGCGGUACCUGGACCGCGCAGCAUCACUGGUAGGGGCGAGGGAUGGAGCCCGGUACCGGGCGGUCCACGGGCGGCUCACCGAGGCCCGGAGCGCGAAGAGGAGGAGCAGGUGGUCGCCGUGUUCGUGGUCACUUUCGACACCAGAGCAGGUAACAUUGUUGAAUGGCGUUUGCCACAAGAAGUGGACUUGGAAGGAGUGGAAUUUAAAUCCAUGGCGAGUGGAUCUCACAGAAUUAACUCUGAUUUUGUCUACUUUCGGAAAGGUAACUACUUUGGUAUGGCAUGUUUUGCCAACAUGCCUGUCGAGAGUGAACUGGAACGAGGUGCUCGAAUGAAGUCUGUUGGAAUUCUUUCCCCAUCGUAUACACUUCUGUACAGAUACAUGCAUUUUCUGGAGAAUCAGGUCAGACAUCAACUUGAAAUUCCUGGACAUUAUGCACAAUUAGAAGCUUUUUAUGAGGACAAGAAAGGUAUUUUACCUGUUGGAUUGAGCAGCAAAGGAACCCCUACAUCCAUUCAGCCCCUUCACUGGUUGCCAUCAGUUAACAAGUACAUGUAUCCAGAGAUGAAGAUCACACACCCUGCAGGAUGCAUGUCACAGUUCAUCAAGUUUUUUGGGGAGCAGAUAAUGGUCCUUUGGAAGUUUGCACUUUUAAGGAAGCGGAUCUUGAUUUUUUCGCCACCUCCAGUUGGAGUUGUCUGCUAUAGAGUUUACUGUUGUUGUUGUCUGGCGAAUGUUUCACUACCUGGGAUUGGUGGAGUUCCUGAAUCCAAACCUUACUUUUAUAUCAGUGUAGCAGACAUAGAAACCCUGGAGAAUGAGAUGUCCUAUGUAGCCUGCACAACGGAAAAGAUAUUUGAAGAAAAAAAGGAUUUGUAUGAUGUUUAUAUUGAUAACCAAAAUGUGAAAACUGACCAUGAGCAUCUACAGCAACUGCUGAAAGUUAACAAUGCUGAUAAGGACAAAUACCGGAAGCUCAAUGACCAGAGACAAAUGCUGCUUUAUUCUCAGGAGGUGGGGGGAGAUUGCAGCACCAAUGAAGAGGACCUGUUCAUUAUGUUCUUCAUGGAACAGAAUAAUCGCAUUUUUCAAAUGUUGUUGGAAGUUUCAGCAUGCCAAGAUAAAACGCUAACAGCUGACCAUGUAAGGAGUAUGGGGCUGGACCCCCAGGGGGAUCGCAUCUUCUUGAUGGACCUGCUUGAGGUUUAUGGGAUUGAUGUAAUGCUGGUUAUUGACAAUCCCUGUUGUCCAUGAUCCAGGACUUGUGAACUGCUGUACAAACUGGACGGGUCCAAGAUACUAAUUGAAUUGAUAUGUAACAUUUGAAAAAAUAUAUAGAAACCAAGUGCAAUUGUACCAUGGCACACAACAAUUUCUUGAGCUGUGCCCAGGUCAGUUCACAAACCACUAGCUUUCUCCCUUUUCCAUUGUCAAAAUACUUAAAGACUUUGAAGAAUUAAUCUAUAGGAUAAAUCAGGAUGGCUUCACUGCAAGAAAAGCUCAUUUGAAGGAGUUUUUUAAUAUAGCAAGUGUUCUUGAUUAUUGCCUUCUGUUGACAAAGGCUAAUGUGAUUUUUUUGUUUGCCAUUUUGUGACUUGUACAGUAGCAGUUAUAUGGUAUAUGCACAUGUGGACUUUCACGCACUUACAGAAAUCCAUUUCCAGUGCACAGAGACACCGUACUUUUCCACUGAAUUGCAGGGAGAUGCCUUUUUGUAUUGCUCUUCAGCCAAGAUUGGAUUCUACUUUUUGGAAAGUGUUUAGUUUGAUUUCAUAUGGCCACCACUGAGCUGUGUUGACUAGUUACAUGGUAUUGGCAAACGCCCACUCAUUUUUAAAGUGAAGAUUUUGACCACUAAAUAAUGAGGUGCACUGUAGCAUGAUAAUUAAGAAAGAAAUAAUUUCAUUGAGCUUCCAUUUUAAAUAUUGUACCAUCAGACUUUUAAAUUGACCCUGAAUAUAGCCUCUAGUUUUGUUAUCAUUACUUCACCUGUUGCAGGUAACUUUAUAAUGUUACGUGCAGGUAAAUUACACCAAUUACCACAUUUCAAAGCAUUACAAAUUAUUGUUCUGAAUGAGAUUUGAAUCACCAUUUCAGAGAUAAAGAACGGAAGACAUUUGGUGUCACAGUCCAGUUGUUAUUAAACAUUUGUUUAGUAAUUGGUUUAUAGGUCUGGUUAAAUUUUGUAAUUUAUUAUUGAAUAGAAGCUGCAAGGUAAUAUUGGAGCAUGUUGGCAAAAGGUUCACUUAAUUGAUCAAGUUGGAAAAUGUUUCUCAGUAUUACUUUUAAGGCCAUUAGGAAAGCAAGUAAUAAGAUUCAUUUUUUUAAACUAGUAUUAGCAUCUUUGUUCAUUUAGUAUGAAGGCAUGUUCAGUAUUGUGCUAGAAGUUAUCCUUCUUAUGGUAGAGUUGUUUGCAAUUUUUUGCUGCUUUGACAUUGUUUAUUGGAUGAGUAAUAAAUGUGACCAAGUAACAAAGCUAAAUUAUAAAUGAUUUUAUAGCAAUUGAAGGAAUGAUGAAGCCUUAGGUCAGGAAAUUAAAUAAGGUGUGAUGGAAAAUGCCGGAUGUCAAUUGUGUGUGUGCGCUCAUCUCUCCUCAGUGUAUUUUUGUAAGAAUGAAAACAUGAAAAUUGGAACUGAUGGUUGAGGAGACAACUUCACUUCAGCAAGUACUAAGAAACAUUAGUGGAACUCCAAAUUAAACAAGGUAAAUUAUAGGCCAAUUAGAUUAAAAGCCAGAAUAGCUUAAAAUUAUUUCUUGUCCAGUCAGAUUACAGCCUAGUUACUGGUUACCUAAUUUUAAAACCAAUAAACAAAUUGAUAAUGUGUUAGAAAGAUUCACAAAAAUAAUAUCAGGAAUCAGAGAUUAAUUAUGAGACUCAAGAAAUUAUUUUCCCCUCCCACCGGGAAGCAAAAAAGUGCAAAAGAAAGUCUGAUAAAAGUACUUAAAAUUAAGUGAUAGUGUUUAUUAAUAAAUCAGUUUAAGAUCAUCACAGAAGUGUCUGCAGGCAGUUGCUAAUAAUACAAAUAAUCAGAAACGUUCAGAGUGAGAAUAGAAAAUACAGUAGAAAUGAAUAAAUUUGUCAAAUAAAUUGGAUGUAGUGGAUAAACAACUGACAUGAGAAUAGUUUUCUUUGGUGUGAAUAGUUUUAGCAAGGACAUUGGUAAAAGCUACUGCAGUGAUUAAAUUUUCCAGAUAUACAAAGCAGUAUGGUAACAGCUUAGAAAAGAAUUGAACCUUCAGAUGGAGCUCAAUUAAAGAAUUUGAUCACUUUCAUUAAUUUUAUUGUUAUUGAAGCAAUACACGAUGGAUUAUGGGAAAUGUAUUAGUGAAAAUGUAAAAUGAGUAUUUCUUGUGUGGUUAUCAACCACCUUUUUGUCCGUCAGUGUGAGACUGUCAAUAUAGUAAAGUGCAAUAGAUUUAUCAAAGGUAUUUGUAUAAUUUAAGUUCAUACCUAAAGUAUUAAUUUACAUUCCCCAUAACUGCUCAAAAUUAAAUUAGUCUUUCGGAUUUUUUAACUGAUUUUUGUAUUGGUUACUUUUACUGAAGGAUGUUAACACCACCUAAAGGUUCAGAAAAUAUAAACCUGCACUACUACAUAUGCUGCUGACCUUGUAUAAAAACAUAAUUUUAACAAUUUACCAUUGAUGUUGUAUAGUGUAUAGCAGUUUUUUUUUAUCUAUUGAGUGCAAGCUUCACAUUUUCCAUAUUUAGAAUUGUUUCUAUUAUCCAAUAAUUGUUUGUUUUUUAAAGUGAAAUUUUACUUCAGGUGUGCAAUCAAGGUUAUGUUGAGAUAAACAUACUAUAAAAUAAAGAUAUAAGUCCAUUACAGAUAUGUUCCAAUGGUGAGCCACACCUGAUGCAUUUUUAAGUGUGCAAUAGUAAAAGUGGGAGGACGUUACUUAAUGCCGAACUGAUAGUACAUUGAACAUUGCUGAGCUGCACUUUGAAAUGACUGCAGGACUUGACACCUACUUGUGCAUUUAAUCCUUGUAAUCCUUAUGAUUUUGCUUAAUUCAUGGUUGGCCUGUUUCGCUAGGUCUGAAGAUAACUUUUGGAAAUAUUUAGUUAAACUUGUGUAUCCUGCUGCCUCUCACAUGAGAGAGAAUAGACACUGAAAGUUUUAUCCAUCUGUGCUGUGGUGGCAUGGUUUAACUGUGGGUCUGUUCUGUUAAAUUAGUUUUGGGAGCUAUAGAUAAGCAUUGCAUGUGCUUUUUUAAAUGAUACCAGUGGCGAUGUUUACGUCUAUCAAUUCAGUUCAGCAACCAAAUUAGCUACUUUGCUGCCUUAUUUAAAAAUUACUUCGACAGCUGGCUAUAUUUUUUUAAUGCUAAUAUCAGUAAAAGCAAAGCAUUAAUUCUUUAUCACUCCAUUGUUUUAACAUGAGCCAACACUUUUUGAUGUCAAAAUCAUGCUAUUAAGCAGUAAUAACUAACAUGUAAAUAUAAUCAGUGAUGUGAGGGAGUGAGAGAGUGCAAGUUAAGCCUGAAGUGCGACAAUUCAGUUGGAGUAAGUGUGAUGUUGCAUUUAACCUUCCAAAAAUCUGUCCUUGCAAAGCAGACACAAGUUCUCAUCAUCUACUCAGGUUUUUUAUUUUCAGUGAUAUUCACCCUAAAUUUAGAUCAAAGAUAUACAGGAGAUUUAUAAGAUAAGACUUGAUUUGGGCAUGAAGAUUGUUUGUAAAUUCUUUUUCAUUUUAAAUCUUUUUGUUGCACUUCUCUUUGGUUUGUCUAUGGAUGUCAGUGUCCUUUUUCUGCAUUUAUAGAUGUCUUUCCAUCUCAUUACACUGCCCAGAUGUAUCAUUAUGCCCAACCAUUGUGCAUCUGCAAUAAUACUGAAUCUGCCUCAGGCACUGCCUAAGAGAUAAGCAAAGAAAUCUAAUUCUAUGAGAUAAUACCAUAAUUCUUUUCCAGAUAUGGUAUGAUGUAGACAUCAACAUCUUUAAUAAAACAUUCCUAAAACUGUAUAAUACUAAACAGUUAAUAUAUUAUUUUAAGUUGCUUUAUUCUGAACUGUAAAAUGUGUUAUUAAAUAAAUCCAAGAAGCUGAGGUCAGUAAAUAAUUCUGUGACUUUGUAAAGUGUUUCUGUCCAGUACUAAUAGAUGCAGUUUAUGCUAGAUGAAGCAGAAACAUUUAGAAUUGAUGCACCAGUCUGUGCUAUUGCUUUGUAAUGACUUCUUUGUUGAGAAAGCUGUAAAUCUUCAGCCUUUGUCCAGCGUGGAGACUGCUUUGGUUCUUGGAUAUCAAGAUCUUGAUUAGGUUUAUUAUGGCAGACUUUAAUUUGUCUUGGGUUAUUAAUGAGUUAAGAAAAAUUUGAUAUUUAAAAUAAAUACUAAUUAUCAAUGUAUUCGUGUGAUAAUUGGCCCUCUUUCACUCUUGCCUCCACUCUUUAUAUGCACUUGUUACAGAAUGAUUAGUGGUGAUAAAUUUGCUCAACAGGUUCUAAAAUAUUAUAUGCUUGCUGAAAUGCAUCAGUUUUAAUUUGUGUUAAACAUAAUCAAAGUGCAAAUGGCAUUUGAUGAAAGAGACUGAAGUGGGGAAACAUCUAUAUUGCCACUGGCCUGCCAGGAACAUGGUGGAAAUUAGGCUCUUGAUCGAUCUGUUAUGCACUUAAAUAUAAAGUUUUGAAGAACUUUUGUUAAUCUGCUUAAAACUCUGGAUUCAGAAUUGUUGUAUUAACCAGUGAUAAUGUUCUAAAGCUAAAUACUGCAGAUGCUGGAAAUCUGAAAUAAAAACAUUACCAGAAGCAGUCAGGUCAGUCAGUAUCUGCAGAGAAAGGACUUGUUGGAUCCCUAACGUUCCAGAAGAAAUUUGUUUAGGUCUGUUGAGUAUUUUUAAUAUUUUAUACAUUUAGAUAAGAAAUGUAGAGAUCUUUGUUCAGUUGUUGCAUAAAACACCUGUGAAGAUUGUGUGUUCUUUACUGAUGGGAGUUGAGAGACAACGGACAAUUUGGACUUAAAAAGAAAACUGCUGUCAAGGUUAUUAAAAAUGUACUUUUAAAAUAAUAGGUAUAUGUGAAGGAAUGUAAAUUUCUCACUGUCUUCUGUUAAUUUUGUACUCUGUAAAUCUGAAUAGAUGUGCCUAAUAUAUUUUCUAAUUAAAAGUUCUGUAGUAAA